AUGAAAGGAAUCGCUGGCUUUGAGCCGCAGGACCUGCAUCCGCCUGCCCCCGGAACACUUCCGAUCGAAGAGCGUGAGACGAACCCAAGAUCCGACCAGGUGCAGACCAUCCCAACGACCGGCAUACAGCCCGUCUUCCUCGGCGUCAUCGGCGAGGCCAGCACAGAAGAGUGGCAGCCGCCUUCUCCCAGGCCAAGGUCUGUCGGACAUGCGCUCCCCACCACAGUCCUGCAGCUGCAAGACAUUCUCCAGAUCAACAACGAGCCCAGGGGCCAUCCCGCUCUCCUCGACAAGGCCGCUGUCGACCCGGCCGAACUCGAUCCCUGGCACUUGCAUCCAUGGAAGCGACCAUAUCAGCCACAGAGUGACGGCGGCCUCGACGAUAUCAAAUCGCCUGUGCGGCGCGCUCUGCGUGAGUGGCAGUCCGUAUCGCCCUCCGAGGUUCGCACUGCGCUCAGGGCUGGACUCAUCCACAGCGUUGAGGAGUAUGUUGUCAAGAAGAAUGACGAAGCCAUCGAGGCGAGGGCCCGCCAGGCCCAGCCAAAGAACUGGCGCUCAAGCAACCAAGGGGACUCAAAGCAGCAGAAGCCACCGAAACAGCAGAAGUCACCGAAACAGCAAAAGCAGAAGCAGCGGAAGAGGAAGCCGGAGCGUCAAAAGUCACUCUCUCCCGGGGUGAACGCCGUCUCGUUUCUAGCGAAUGCCCAAGCGCAUCCAGCAUCUGAUCCGACGGACCCGCUCCCUGCAUCCGCGGCCCAGUCCCCCAAUGUGAGUAGUCACUCGGUUGACGGGACGAGCACAGGCCAAACCAAUGCUUCCUUGGACCCAUCCGCAUCUCCGAGUCAUCCUCCCGGAACCAAGCCGACCAAAAUAGAGCCUGCGCCCUAUCCUCAUCUCCUCGGCUCCCGAUCAGCGUCUCCCACAGGUGCCCCCCGCCACGAGACUCAAAAGUGGCUUUCAGAAAACCUGGCCUCAGGCGGACCUCGGUCCCUCAGCGACUUCCACAAACCCGUUGACGACCGCCCGUUCCAACAGAAGCAGCUCAACUAUACCCCCGUCUUCCGAUAUGAGCCGUCUCUCCAUCCGCCUCUAGAGGUGACGAGCCGCCGGGUCAUUAUCUGGCCAGGCCAAAUGAAGGAAGGCUUCCACAGCCUGGACCUGUCGCCUGAGGCAUCUCUGCCGAUUGUGAUUGAUGCACCAAAGGCACUCAAGUUCAAGGACCAUGACAUGCUCUCUUCCCCGUUGGAGGUACACGAGUCCAAAGCCAUCUCAAUCAUGUACCGAGCCCCCGCACCUCCCAAAGUCGAGCCGCGGGGCGACCGGUACAACAGUAUCUCGCUGCCGGCCCUCCUUCCAGUUGCAGACCAGCGGCAGAGCUCGCCUCGCUCGGAAGCCGAGGCACACAAGUUGCCUCUCAAGCUGCCAAUGCUGCCGCACUCAAUCGAGGCUCAGAAGCUCAGUCUUCAUGGCAGCGAGGUAUCCAAGCGCAGAGUCGAGAAGGCCGAUGGCAAGCAGCAAUCCGAGAAGCUGUACGAGGCCAUGCACAAACAGUACCCCGCCGUCGUUGUCGAUGCCGUGGCUGAUCCAGAUGCCGAUCUUCCAAAGCGUCCGCUGACGGGAUUCAAGCUACCAGCACGGUUUGAGAGCGUCGACGUUCGAGGCUCAGUGUUUCCGCAUCUCCCGAUGAAGCGCCGCCCGGUCAGAAGGGUUGUGUUCAAGGACACCUCGACCAGGGGAUACAGCGCCGACACAACCAUCCAGUCGCAGGUGCCCAAGUGGGCUGGCAAAGACCAUACGACCUUGAGGGAUGUUCUCGUGGCAGUCAAGUGCACUCGGACUGAGAAGAAGGUUCCCGAAACGGAGAACUUGGGUUUGCAUCCGUUCACAUCCAUUCACAUCAAGAUGAAGCCCACCCUGGUCCUGCUGACUGCUCGUCUCAAGACUUCUGCCGUCCUGCCCAACAAGCGCUCUCUGGCCGUGACCCGGCCCAUGGUCGCCUAUGUCGUUGGCGGCACCGUCGGCCUGUUUUCGCUCGCCGCCGGAAUCCUGAGCGAGAUGCACUAGUCGUACCCUAAUUGACCCUGGCGCACAAGGCCUCGGUCCUGCCUUCACAAGCAAGUUCAAGCACCUCGGCCCUGGCCUCGCUCUCGGAUAUCCCCGAUCGUCGGGCCAUCUCUGGUUGCUACCUGAUAUCCCGCAUGUUCUGUCUUGCAUCGUUCACUUCACAUUGAUAUCCAAAU